AUGGAGUACACUGUAGAACAGUUGAACUUUUUCCGAAUUUGUUACAUCGUAUUUGACUUGAUUCCAAAAAGUCUCCGAAGCGUAUUCAAAUCAGAAUGGGAUAUCCGUUACAAAGGAAGCUUUGGAGAAUGGAAAGACACAACACAGAAUGGUAGCGAUUUUUUCAACAGCGAAUCAAAGAAAAGUCGUUCAAGGAAUGCGCGAUUACUGACAACGAUCAAAAAUGGUAACACCGCAGAGUGGGACUGUAGCUGUUUGUUUUUUGCCAUCCUGUUCUCAGAUAGUAUUGGGACAACCUUAAGCAGGUUAGUAAGGACAAAUGUAAAUGAUCUUCGUGAAUUCAGGAAUUACAUUGCCCAUAUUACCGAGGCCAAAUUUACAGAUGCCGAAUUUCACAAUAGCAUUGGAAGAGUUUUGGUUGAUUUCAGCUCCAUGGGUCUUCCAAUCAGUGAUAUUGAAGAGGUCAAAAAUCAAACGAGCUUUCCUACUUCUGAAGUAAAUCGUCUUAUGGCUUUACUUAAUAACCUUCAAGAAGAAUUAAAGAGAGCAAAGUCGAAUUUUCAUGCCUCAGAAGAACAGGUUCGAAAGCUCACGUUUGAUUUACAGCAGGCAGAAGACACCAUACUACGAGAACAAGAACAGAUCCAAUGUCUUUCUGACGAGAUAAAUUCCAGAGUCGUAUCUUUCUGUCACCUACCUUUCAAGCCUUCUCAUCAAAUAGUCAAACGUACAAAUGAUGUUUCAAGAAUUUUAACCCAAAUGCAGAAGCUUGAAGAUGGAUGCAAAGGCGUGGUUAGUACAGUCUACUUAUCAGGCAGUCCUGGUUGUGGGAAAAGUCAAAUUGCUCGUCAGAUUGGACAAGAAUUCUUCAGAACAUCAUCAGAUGAGAGUGACGGUCAAACAUUCGUGGCAACCGUGAAUGCAGAAACUCUGGAGACUCUUGUGGAUUCUUACAUCACUCUAGCUAAACAGUUGGGAGUUACAGAGUACACCUUGACUCAGCUUGCAACCUCGAAAGAUAGCAGUCCCAAAGAAACAAUCCAUUAUCUUAAAAGUUUAAUUUUUCCUAAAAUGAGACAAUUCUUCAAAUGGUUGAUUAUCGCUGAUAACGUGGAGGACCUGUCCACGGUCCGGGGCUAUCUCCCCCAGACUGCUAGCGAAGAGUGUGGUCAUGGCCAGAUUCUAAUCACAACUCAAGAUACCAGUGCCAUUCCAACAAGUGCUCCUCAAACUUACCAUGAAUCACUAAGCGUGGGAAUGCAAAGGGAAGACGCUCUAGAGCUGCUGAAGCAAGUAUCUCAAAUUUCGAACCAUAAGCGGGCGGAGGAGGUUGCUGAAGUUCUUGAAUUCCAGCCGCUGGCCUUAGCAGCUGCUGCAUUUUACGUUUGUGCCGUUGUUAGACGUGGCUCUCCAAAUUACACAUGGCAUGAUUAUCUGGAAACAUUUUCUCUAGGCGAACGUGAAGGUACUGAAGAACCUCUUGCUAAGGAAAAUGGAGCUUACUCGAAAACUAUGACCACAGCUGUAAAGGUGGCUUUAAACAAUGCUUCGAAAAACGACGAAGUUCUUCGUCAGACAUUUUAUCUUCUUUCUUUGUGUGCUUCGGAAUCCCUCCCAAUUGAAGCAGCUGUCAGCUUCGUCAAAGCUCGCACAGCCGCACCCAUGAAAGAAACUCAUGAAAGACCGACGAAAGAGCUUAUAAUAGCAAAGAUUUUGAAGUCCUCUUUGAUCACUUGCUUGCGUGGAGACGAUGAAGUUCCAGAGUACUUAAAGAUGCACCAAAUAGUGCACGAAGUACUCAAAGCAACUCGGAUAACUCAUCCUGAGACCCGAAAGGCUUUACCAGACGCAAUAAGGAGUUUGCACCAGGUCCUCCUCUCAGAGCAUGACCAGCUAUUCACGAACGGUCAUGCAUGUGUAAAGCUACGGCGAGUGACGAGUCAUUGUAAAGCGCUGCAUGACGUUCUCACCACUACGUUUGCAAAUAGGGGUGAUUUGGUGAAAACAUUAGCGUCCUCUGACACGCCAGCCAGUAUGGCCGAGUGGCUUUCGAAAACCGCCACUGUCUGUUGUGAUCUAAGCAGCCCAUCUGACGCGAUUCUCUUUUCUACAUCUGCUUGUGGAUUCAUUGAAUACAUGAGCAACGCCAAGGAAACCGAAAAGUUGAAAGCAGACAUUCUAGCCGUUCACGGUAGGGCGCUAACACUGCAGGGCGAGUACAAAUUGUCGUUGUUGUUCCUUGAAGAAUCCACGAACAUUUCUAUAGCUGUUUAUGGAAAAGAACAUGCCACUGUAGCAGGCUGUUACAACAACUUGGGGAACGUCUCUCGAAGCCUUGGUGACUACAGUGAAGCUAAGGUAUACUACAAAAAGGCAUUGAACAUCACCAAGAAGAUUUAUGGGGAAGAACAUCCGAACGUAGAAAAAAGCUAUAACAACAUGGGGGUUGUCUACAGUGACCUUCGACGGCAUCAGAAGGCAAAGAAAUACUGCGAAAAGGCAGUGAUCAUAGCACAGAAGAUUUACGGAGAAGAACACGCAGAUACAGCUAGAACUUACAAUAACUUAGGGAUUGUUCACAAUGAUCUUCAACAAUACCUUCGAGCAAUGGCUUAUCACCAGAAGGCACUGAAAAUAAGAAAAAAGAUAUGCGACGAGGAGCACGCUGACGUUGCAAGAAGCUACCAGAACCUGGCAAAUGUUUACCACAAGCUUGGAGAGUACGUUCAAGCUGAACAGUGCCACGAGAUGGCGCUUAAGAUACGAAGAAAAGUGUACGGCGAAGGGCAGAUGAAAGUGGCGACAAGUAAGCAUAACUUGAAUAUAAUUUACAGAGACUCUUCACUGCAAAGUAAAGUAAAAAGUAACAUUUGCAGUUUGUUGUAGGCAGGUACGUUAAAAAGACCUUGAACUUCACCAUUAUUGGUGUGGCAAAGACCUUAAAAACUUGAGAUUUAUUCGCUAAUGAUGGAGACUGAGCUUAUUUUCGUGAUGCUAAAUGCCAAUUUUUACCGCGAUGAUUGCCGACUAAAAAGGAUGUCAAGCCCGAAGACUGUAGAUCCAAUCAAGAUCAGGACUAGCAUUGCUGUGCUCUUCAUUUCGUGGGUUUCAGGGAGUUAAAUAUCUACAACACUGAGGGGCGAGUUUCCACGCAUCUUCUUUUAUUUCAGAGGACGAACGGAAAUGACACCAAGCAUGUCAAGUACGCUGUCAUCGGUCUAGUACAAGACUAUCCUUGUCACAAAAAACAUUUCCGCACACCGCUAAAUUCUUUACCCACUUGAAAGUAGUUUUCAUCGACACUAGUUCAAAGGAGAGACUGUAAAUAGUUUGUUUUUAUUGAAAGAGCAGCAGUCUUUCCAGCACAGUUCAUCGAAAGUGAAGGAAACAAACAAACAAAAAAAAUCCACGAAACAAAAAAACUAACAAAUCAAUACAGCACGAACUUUGAGAGGCGAGUUUCCACGCAUCUUCCUUUAUUUUAGAGAACGAAAGGAAAUGACACCAGGCAUGUCAAGUACGCUGUCACCGGUCUAGUAAAAGAUUAUCCUUGUCACAAAAAACAUUUUCGCACACCGCUUAAUUCUUUACCUACUUAAAAGUAGUUUUCAUAGACACUAGUUCAAAGGAGAGACUGUAAAUAGUUUAUUGCUUUUAUUGAAAGAGGAGCCGUCUUACUUCCUAGCAUGGUUCAUUGAGAGAGUGAAAGAUCAGAUGUUCAAAUGCCAAUUUCCACGGUGAUUGCUGUCUAAAAAGGAUGCAAGCCCGAAGACUGUAGAUCCUAUCAAGAUCAGGACUGGCACUGCUUUGCUUAAAAUCUCUUCAUUUCCUGGGUUUCAGGGAGUCAAAUAUCUACAACACUGAGGGGCGAGUUUCCAUCCAUCUUCCCUUAUUUUAGGAGACGAACAGAAAUGACACCAUC